AAUCAGAGGGUGCCCGCGUGGGCGGCUGUCGCGCCGAGCUGCUGGUUGCCUGCUCUUCUUCAGCCUUUGCUUCGCUAAGCCGUUGCUGGAACGGUAUCCCCGCGAAGCCGGGGAAGGGUAGACCGCAGACGCGAUGUAUGGUUUUGUCAAUCACGCCCUGGAGCUGCUGGUGAUUCGGAAUUACGGCCCUGAAAUCUGGGAAGACAUCAAGAGAGAGGCACAACUGGAUGAGGAAGGGCAGUUUCUGGUCAGAAUUAUUUAUGAUGAUUCGAAAACAUAUGAUUUGGUUGCUGCAGCAAGUAAAGUCCUCAACCUUAAUGCUGGAGAAAUCCUUCAAAUGUUUGGGAAGAUGUUUUUUGUGUUUUGCCAAGAAUCUGGUUAUGACACCAUCUUACGUGUGUUGGGAUCAAAUGUUAGAGAGUUUUUACAAAAUCUUGAUGCUUUACAUGAUCAUCUUGCUACAAUAUACCCAGGAAUGCGUGCUCCUUCCUUUAGAUGUACAGAUGCAGAAAAGGGGAAAGGCCUCAUUCUGCAUUACUAUUCAGAGAGGGAAGGGCUCCAAGAUAUUGUCAUUGGAAUCAUCAAAACAGUUGCUCAACAAAUUCAUGGUACAGAAAUAGAUAUGAAGGUUAUUCAACAAAGAAAUGAAGAGUGUGACCAUAUUCAGUUCUUAAUCGAAGAAAAAGAAUCUAAAGAAGAAGAUUUUUAUGAAGAUCUUGACAGAUUUGAAGAGAAUGGUACUCAAGAGUCUCGCAUCAGUCCAUACACAUUUUGCAAGGCCUUUCCUUUCCACAUUAUAUUUGACAGAGACCUAGUUGUCACUCAGUGUGGAAAUGCAAUAUAUAGAGUCCUUCCUCAGCUCCAGCCGGGGUAUUGUAAUCUAUUAUCAGUAUUUUCACUGGUUCGGCCUCAUAUUGAUAUUAGUUUCCAUGGAAUCCUCUCACAUAUCAACACAGUUUUCGUGCUAAGGAGUAAGGAAGGACUUUUGGAUGUGGAAAAAUUGGAAUGUGAAGAUGAGCUGACUGGUACAGAAAUUAGCUGUUUACGCCUGAAAGGGCAAAUGAUCUACUUACCUGAAGCAGAUAGUAUUCUCUUUCUUUGUUCUCCAAGUGUGAUGAAUUUGGAUGAUUUAACUAGAAGAGGACUCUACUUAAGUGACAUUCCUCUGCAUGAUGCUACUCGUGAUUUGGUCCUUUUGGGAGAGCAAUUCCGAGAGGAAUACAAACUGACACAAGAAUUGGAAAUAUUAACGGAUAGGCUCCAGCACACUUUAAGAGCUUUGGAAGAUGAAAAGAAGAAGACAGAUACAUUAUUGUAUUCUGUGCUUCCUCCGUCUGUGGCCAAUGAACUGAGACACAAGCGUCCUAUACCAGCAAAACGUUAUGAUAAUGUGACUAUAUUAUUUAGUGGCAUUGUUGGUUUCAAUGCCUUCUGCAGUAAACAUGCCUCUGGAGAAGGAGCUAUGAAAAUCGUCAAUCUUUUAAACGAUCUUUAUACAAGAUUUGAUAUUUUGACUGAUUCACGAAAAAACCCAUUUGUUUAUAAGGUUGAGACAGUUGGAGACAAAUAUAUGACAGUAAGUGGCUUGCCAGAACCAUGCAUUCAUCAUGCACGUUCUAUCUGCCACUUAGCAUUGGAUAUGAUGGAAAUAGCUGGACAAGUUCAAGUCGAUGGAGAAUCUGUUCAGAUUACAAUAGGCAUUCACACUGGAGAAGUGGUCACAGGUGUAAUUGGCCAAAGGAUGCCUCGUUAUUGUCUUUUUGGGAACACUGUAAAUCUCACAAGUAGAACAGAAACAACAGGUGAAAAAGGAAAGAUCAAUGUCUCCGAAUAUACUUAUAGAUGUCUGAUGACUCCAGAAAACUCAGAUCCACAGUUCCAUCUAGAACACAGAGGUCCUAUUUCCAUGAAGGGUAAAAAAGAACCAAUGCAAGUUUGGUUUUUGUCCAGAAAGGGCACAGAGGAAGUAACACAUGAUGCUAAAUGAGCCAGGUGAAAAGCUGGAGAAGAACAGAGUGAACCCUGUCCUGCCAUUUAUCUAGCCUGGCAGUAUAAGAUAUGAUUGCAGUUGCUUCAAUUUUAUGUCCAACUCCACAAUAAGCAGCAAUUCUUACAUCAAGUUUCUUGCUUUUUCUGCUUUUUGUUCAGUUUGUAUUUGAUAUUAUAAUAUUUAUGCUGUACAGUAUAUGUGUUUCAAGAUCUUUUGUCUUCCUUCCCGAGUUAUGAACAUAAAUAAUCCAUGCAAAUGCCUACUAAUCAUAAAAUAAUAUUUCACACAUGUGCUUUUAUCUCUAUAUUUUGUGACUAAUCAUCAUGAUAUUUAAGCUUGUGUAUGCAUUUUCUAUAUAGAAGAAAAAUGAAGGCAUUUAGUGUUAGGUUUAUGGAAAUAAAUACCAAUUUCCACUUAAGCUGAUCAUAUUAUUAUGCAUAAGUUAUCAGACCUUUUAUGUAUAUAAUUGGUUUAAAUAUUUGUUUAAAUUAGGGAUAGAAAGACUUUCACAGAAAAAAAUUAGAUGCCCUAUUUUAAGUCCCAGACUUAGGGCAGAUUUUUUGGUCCCUCAUCUGAUUUAUUUUGGAAGCAUGUCUCUAUGAAUAUUCAUAUUUAUCCAAUAUGUAUGAAAAAGGGCCAUUAUACAAAUCAGCAGCAAAUUGCUUUAAAAAUGUUGCUUUAACAACAUCCAGGGAAAAACAUAUGUUAGAGGAAAUUAUAGUAUAUGAUUGCCAGUAUGCCUUGAUCUGUAAAACAUGUUAACUUGUGAAACACAUUUGGAUUUUUAAAAAUCUGGUCCUUUCUUAUGUAGCCUUUUUAGAAGUCCUGUUCUUUUGGAUAAUUUCACUUGUAUCAGAGAACUGAAACUAAUUGUAUUUUCAUGAUAUGUCUCUAAAACUUCAGAGCAUAGAUUUUAUAUAUACUGUAGUAAUAUUAUCCCUCCAAGCUUAUAAUGGCAAGAACAAGAAAAAAAUAUAAUUCUGUUUCAAAUUGCAUCCGGGUAGAAUCUCCAAAUUAAUGAUGAUGCACUUCUGCAAAACAUCUUUUCUACUGUUUAUCCAUAAGUAAAACAUUUCACAUAUGAGUAAGUAGUAAAACCUUUCAAAUUACCUUCAUUUUAUUGCUUAAAAACAAUUAAGUUAUAUGGUGGGUGAAUCAGAUUCAUCAUGUGU